AUGGAUUAUCAGUCAUUAUUCGCCCACCUCCUUCUUUCAAACAAUCUGUUCCCACGCCUCACCACUCCCUUCUCGUUCUCACCCCCUCUUUCCAGACAACUCCAUUCUCGUUCUCACCUCUCUUUCCAAACCACCCUAUUCUCACUUCCCACUUCUCUUUCCAAACCAAGUCACACACUUUUGUUUUCCCCCUCUCUUUUCAAGUUACUCUCUUCUCGUCCCCCCACCCCCCUGUUUAAACCACUCUCUCCUUGUUCCCUUUUUUUCCAAACCACUCUUCUCACUUCCCUUUCUUUCCAAACCACUCUUCUCACUUCCCUUUCUUUUCCAAAACCACUCUUCUCACUUCCUUUCUUUCCAAACCACUCUUCUCACUUCCCUUUCUUUUUCCAAACCACUCUUCUCUUCCCUUUCUUUUCCAAACCACUCUCACUUUCUUUCCAAACCACUCUUCUCACUUCCCUUUCUUUCCAAACCACUCUUCUCACUUCCCUUUCUUUCCAAACCACUCUUCUCACUUCCCUUUCUUUCCAAACCACUCUUCUCACUUCCCUUUCUUUCCAAACCACUCUUCUCACUUCCCUUUCUUUCCAAAUCACUCUUCUCACUUCCCUUUCUUUCCAAAUCACUCUCUUCUCCUCCAUUCUCUUUCUCCCAACCAUUUAUUUAUGUUAA